CGGGCUCGGAGCCGCUGCGGGCGCGAGCGCGUCUCCGCCGGGCCGGGACCGUCUCGGCGCGCCCUGAGGCGCGAGGCCGGCCAUGCAGGAGCCCCUGCUGGGAGCCGAGGGCCGGGACUACGACACCUUCCCCGAGAGGCCGCCCCCGUCGCCGUGGGAGAGGGCGCGGGUCGGGGCCCUGCAGAACAAGAGGGUGUUCCUGGCCACCUUUGCCGCCGUGCUGGGCAACUUCAGCUUCGGCUACGCACUAGUCUAUACCUCCCCGGUCAUCCCGGCCCUGGAGCACUGCCUGGAGCCGGAGCUGCGCCUGACCAAGGCCCAGGCCUCCUGGUUUGGGUCUGUGUUCACCUUGGGAGCGGCAGCUGGGGGCCUCAGCGCCAUGGUCCUCAACGACCUCCUGGGCAGGAAGCUCAGCAUCAUGUUCUCGGCCAUACCCUUGGCAGCCGGCUAUGCGCUCAUGGCAGGCGCCCGCGGCCUCUGGAUGCUGCUGCUGGGGAGGACGCUGACGGGCUUUGCCGGAGGGCUCACCGCUGCCUGUAUACCGGUCUACGUGUCUGAGAUUUCUCCCCCGGGAGUGCGUGGAGCCCUGGGGGCCACUCCCCAGCUCAUGGCGGUGUUUGGAUCCCUGUCCCUCUAUGCUCUUGGCCUCCUGCUGCCGUGGCGCUGGCUGGCGGUGGCCGGCGAGGGGCCUGUGCUCGCCAUGGUCGUGCUGCUCAGCCUGGUGCCCAACUCGCCACGUUUCCUGCUCUCGCGGGGCCGGGAGGAAGAGGCGUGGCAGGCGCUGGCCUGGCUGCGCGGAGCAGACGCUGACGUCCGCUGGGAGUUUGAGCAGAUCCGGGACAAUGUCCAGACUCAGAGCAGCCGCGUGUCUUGGGCGGAUCUUCGGGACCCCCACAUGCACCGCCCCGUCGCCAUCGCCUUGCUGAUGCGCUUCCUGCAGCAGCUGACGGGCAUCACGCCCAUCCUGGUGUACCUGCAGCCCAUCUUCGACAGCACCGACGUCCUGCUGCCCCCCAAGGAUGACGCGGCCAUCGUGGGGGCCGUGAGGCUCCUCUCCGUGCUCAUCGCCGCCCUCACUAUGGACCUCGCCGGCCGCAAGGUGCUGCUCUUCGUCUCAGCAUCUGUCAUGUUUGCCGCCAACCUGACACUGGGCCUGUACGUCCACUUCGGUCCGAGGCCUCCGACCCCCAACAGCACCUUGGGCCUGGAGAGUGGGGCCGUGGGGGGGACAGAGCUGCCCCCGGCCACGCCCAGCAGCUACCUCACGCUGGUGCCCCUGCUGGCCGCCAUGUCCUUCAUCAUGGGCUACGCCAUGGGCUGGGGGCCCGUCACCUGGCUCCUCAUGUCCGAGAUCCUGCCCCUGCGUGCGCGCGGUGCGGCCUCGGGGCUCUGCGUGCUCGGCAGCUGGCUCGCGGCCUUCGCCCUCACCAAAUCCUUCCUGCCAGUGGUGAAUGCUUUCGGCCUCCAGGUGCCUUUCUUCUUCUUUGCCGCCGUCUGCCUGGUGAACCUGCUGUUCACUGGCUGCUGCGUGCCUGAGACCAAGGGCCGGUCCCUGGAGCAGAUCGAGUCCUUCUUCCGCACACGGCGGCGGUCCUUCCUGCGCUAGGCGGGGCCCGCCCGGGAGGGGCCACACCCCGUGCCCCGGGACCAGGAGGACGCAGCGCCCCGGCUGCCCCCGGCACAGCACCCUGCCCCAGGCCCGGCUCACACGGCCUGCAGCAUGACACGCAUCGACUGACACCCAUGGGAGAGCAGGGCCAGGAGGCGGCCCAGGCCGGGCAGCCUGCUCGGGCACGGGGUGCUCCCAGCUCCCCACCCAGGGCCGUGGUGAGGGCAGAGGGAGGAGGGCUGCGGUGGUUCCAACCAGCAGGCAACGCCAAGCAUGGCGGCAUGGGGAGGAAGGUGGGGGUCUGCACCCAUGAGGGUCUCGUGCACCACGGGAACAUUCCAGAUUCCCAAAGGCCAGGGCACGGGCCCCGGGUGCAGCCACUUCCUCCUGGACCAGCCUGACUGCCGGAAACAGGGGCUGUCAAGUCCCCCGUUGGCAAAUUGUCCAUCCUAUUUAUAACAAUAAACUGGCCCUGAAGAGGACAGGUCAGGGUCUGUUUUGGCCAGGAUCAUGGGCCUGCCACCCCAGGCGGGUUUCCUUGACGAGGUGGCCUGUCGGGGGGAGCCCGGGCCAGGGACGCUGACCUGCCCUUGAGUGAGGCUCUGGUACCUACUCACUGUGUGACCUCGGGGAAGCCACCUCCUGCCGCGUCUGAGACAGCCCCAUGGACCCUCAGUGAAACAACCGUGUUUCCAGACCAGUGGCCCGGCCAGGUGGCAGGGGUGGGCCCCGGAGAGAGAAGCCGCAGGCAGAGGGAGCG